GGGGUGGGACGGCGGUCGCCGCCAUGAUGCUUGUUUGCUUUCAAUGAAAACGAGGGGGGCGCGGAGGAAGCGGCGGCGGCGUCGGUGGCAGCGGCGUCGGCUGCGCGGAGGCGAAGGCAGCGGUGGGUGCGGCGAGGAGGGCGAGGCCGGAGGCAGAGAGGCCGCCAGGCCGUAGUGGCGGCCCGCGCAGGCGGCUGAAGCGGGCGGCGGCCGCGGCGGAUCUCGGAGGGAGAACAAAGAGCGGCGGCUGAGGCGGCAGCGGAGCGGCGACGGCGGCGCUGCGGCGGCGGGCGGGACUGGUAUGGUGUUUCCACAGGUCAGACCCCGCUGCACCCACAGGCAGGAGGCGGCGGCAGCGGCGGAGGAAAGCGGCGCCCCCCCGGAGGCAUGCCCAAAGAAAAAUACGAGCCCCCUGACCCUCGGAGGAUGUACACAAUUAUGUCCUCUGAGGAGGCAGCAAAUGGAAAGAAAUCACAUUGGGUGGAGCUUGAAAUAAGUGGAAAAGUAAGAAGCUUAAGCUCAUCUUUGUGGUCACUAACUCACUUGACAGCUUUGUAUCUAAGUGACAAUUCCCUGUCCCGCAUUCCUUCAGACAUUGCCAAGCUUCACAAUCUGGUGUAUCUGGACCUGUCGUCUAAUAAAAUCCGGAGUUUACCAGCAGAACUCGGAAACAUGGUAUCACUCAGGGAACUCCAUUUAAAUAACAACCUGUUACGAGUUCUACCUUUUGAGCUGGGAAAACUGUUUCAGUUGCAGACUUUAGGCCUGAAAGGAAAUCCACUUACCCAGGAUAUACUGAACCUCUAUCUGGAACCAGAUGGAACAAGAAGGCUACUGAACUAUUUGCUUGAUAAUUUGGCAGGUACUGCAAAAAGAAUUUCAACAGAACAACCACCUCCAAGAUCUUGGAUUAUGUUACAAGAACCAGACAGAACACGGCCAACUGUUAUCUUUCCUACAGCCUUGUUUUCUGUCAUGUGCUAUAAUGUUCUUUGUGAUAAAUAUGCGACCCGGCAGUUAUACGGCUACUGUCCGUCAUGGGCACUAAAUUGGGACUACAGGAAGAAGGCCAUUAUUCAAGAAAUCUUGAGUUGCAGUGCUGAUAUCAUAAGUCUUCAGGAGGUUGAAACAGAACAGUAUUACAGUUUUUUUCUGGUAGAACUGAAAGAACGUGGCUAUAAUGGAUUCUUUAGUCCUAAAUCUAGAGCUAGGACAAUGUCAGAACAAGAAAGAAAACAUGUUGAUGGCUGUGCGAUAUUCUUUAAGACAGAAAAAUUUACUUUGGUUCAGAAACACACUGUUGAAUUUAAUCAGCUAGCAAUGGCAAAUUCAGAAGGGUCUGAAGCUAUGCUGAACAGAGUCAUGACAAAAGAUAACAUUGGAGUUGCUGUACUGCUAGAGCUUCGAAAGGAAUUGAUUGAAAUAUCUGGAAAGCCACAUCUUGGAACAGAAAAGCAGCUUAUUCUUGUGGCCAAUGCUCACAUGCAUUGGGACCCUGAAUACUCUGAUGUGAAGUUGGUUCAGACGAUGAUGUUCCUCUCAGAAGUGAAGAACAUCAUUGAUAAAGCCUCGAGAAGCCUCCAGUCCAGUGUAUUGGGAGAAUUUGGAACUAUUCCACUGGUGUUGUGUGCAGAUCUUAAUUCUUUGCCGGACUCUGGUGUUGUAGAAUAUUUGAGCACUGGUGGAGUAGAAACAAAUCAUAAAGACUUUAAAGAACUGAGAUAUAAUGAAAGUCUUACAAACUUCAGCUGUAAUGGGAAAAAUGGGACACCCAAUGGAAGGAUCACUCAUGGUUUCAAGUUACAGAGUGCCUAUGAGAGUGGCCUGAUGCCUUACACAAAUUACACAUUUGAUUUUAAGGGUAUAAUUGACUACAUCUUCUAUUCUAAACCUCAGCUGAACACUUUAGGCAUCCUGGGACCUCUGGACCACCAUUGGCUAGUUGAGAACAAUAUCAGCGGCUGCCCACACCCGCUUAUCCCCUCCGACCACUUCUCACUUUUUGCACAACUGGAGCUCUUACUGCCUUUCCUGCCCCAAGUUAAUGGCAUUCACCUUCCUGGCAGGAGGUAGUCAAGUACCUUCAGAAGAUGACCUCAGUUUCAUUCUUAAACUCGUAAAAAAUCUGAACAUAGGGGAGUGAGAUAUGGCCACUAGGGGAUUUCUUUUGUUUUUCUUAAUGAUGAUUUGAGUUUUCAGUCUGAUUAUUUGAUAAGGAUAUAUAGUAUGAAAGCCAGGUGCUAGCAAACAGACAAAUUCUGAGCCCGAUAUGCUUUAUAUACUGUUAGACAGGGAUUGGUGUGUUUGCACCUAUCUUUAAUUUGUUACAAGUAAUUUUCCUGUUUCUUCUAUCCAAUAUAAUAUUUUCAUGCCUUGAAAUAGGAAAAUGUUUGAACAGCAUAUUCUCUUUGCACAGAAAUCUGUAGCACUACUUUUUUGAGGCCAGUAAUAACAUCCAGAGAUCAUUCUUCCAUACUUUACUCCCUCCUUUUUCAGACUUGUUUGUAAAACAUAGAAUUUGAAUUUAGCCUUUAUGAUUGUAUAUGAUCCACAGAAGACCUGAUAUAUGAAAUUUUGUACUAAAAAAAUCAGAUUUGGAAAUGAUUGUAUUGUAAUCUAAGGCUAAGUUUUUUUACCUGUUUCUUGUGUUUUAAAGGCCAGCUUUUACAAGAAGUUGCAACAGACUUUCUCUGCUGAUGAUUUGCACUGUUAGGGUUUUGUUAGCCCUUUUGUACUACUUUGUUUUUAAAUUGAGAACAUUGCUCUUUAAAUCUAAAUCUGUUUAAAGUUUAGGACAUUUUCUUGGACCAGAGGCAACUUACCCAUGAAUUCCUGGGUUUUUACAAAAAAAACUAUCUACCAGGACAGAUAAGCUGAGCAGUGAAUGAUCUGUAGGCAUUUAUGGACUGAAUGUAAUGGUUGAUAUAUGUACAUUCUGAUAUUUUUAAAUCCUUAACUUUUUUAAGUUAAAAAUUACAGCUGCUUAGGUACAGCUUCUUAACUCCUUUUUGAGACACUUGUCCUAUCUCCACUGUGCCUGCCUGAAUUUGUUCUCACCAAGCACUGCCUGUGCAUGCAGAGAAGAUCUGUGCAUCCUCUUUUGUAUUUUUUAAAUACUGUUUAACAUUUGUGAGAGUUUUAUGAAAAUGCUUUUGUAUGAGCUGUGGCUUUUUUUCCAUUGUGAAGCAUUGAAUAUCACAUUUUGGAACAUGUUCAUAGGGUGGGUCCCCAGGUCUUUGUUCACCAGACCCAAGCACUGCUUCUUGGUGUCAUUGCACAGUGCUGUUCGUCACCCAGAAUAUUACUAUCAUGUGAAUUCUUUUUGUUUUCCAUGUAUUCCUUAGUUUCCAUGUUUUUUAAAAAUCAUUCCUUUAAAAAAAAAAGUAAUUUUCCAUUUAUGAAGCAAUAGAAAAUAAAUGAAAUGUAUAUUCAAAACAGGUCCCUAAGACAAUACUUCAGAUCAUUUUUAAAGUGACUAAGUCAUUUUAAUGUCAACCAAGAUAAAAGUUAUAUUAUACCUUGUAUUUUGCCCAUAGUGCCAUUAGUAGAAUAGAGAUUAAAGCCAGCUUUAACUUUGCAAAGUUAACUCUUAUAUGUUCUGUUAUCAUUCAUUCGUCUCUCAAAAAUCAAAUGAAUUCAGAGGGAACUUGGUCUAACUGCUUUUGUUUCAACUGCAGGCAGGGGAGCAAAAGGACACCAUGUUAUGUGAGCAUUAAGAAAAGAAAUUGUUGAAUGUUAAUAACAAUUUUUAUACAGAGAUUGAGUCAUUUUGGAUAAUGACUUAAAAUUUUAUGAAGAAUGUUCAGCACUUAAAUGUGCUUAUUCUGUUUUUAAGAGAAAAUAAAAUUACAUACUGUUUAA